UCUCUCCUUUACUUGAUAUUGUGGGUCACGCCUGUACACACCUGGAGAAAUCCUGCCAAAUUAAUUUUUAUGCGCUGGCGAAUGACGACAGUGUCAAGCAAAAUGUCGGCCCCUUUCGGCAAGAGCAUGCCGUGUUAAGGGACACCGAAAUGGACCCAAGUUGUUCAGAUCUGGAGUUCUUUGAUUUCAAAAAUGCAACUGAAGAUGAAAUCAAAGAAAUACAAGCCAUACUUAAAGGUCCUGGAAGCAAUGGAUGUGUUGAGUUGCCAUGGGAAAUUCCAAUCAAAGAAAAUGUGAUAGAAGAAUUUUCACAAGAUGCAGGUACGGAUGAAAAGGUUGAACUAGUAGUUACAUCAAAGAGUUCCAAAUCUAUUGAAACAGUUGUUAGUCAAGAACAACUAGUUACAACUCCCCAGACACCUCUUUCUCCACCUGUUGCAAGAUUACCACCGCCUCCAGUUGAAGCCUUUGUUGCUCCACCGACAACGAUAGGUCCCUAUGCAAAUACUCCUUAUUUUGUGUCCCGAACUCUACCUUAUUUACGUGCCUACACACACAUGGGUGUUCCGUUCUUUGCAGCAUGCCCCAUAUCCGGAGGGGGAGAAACAAAUCCGAUGAAUGCCCCAUACAGUCAUUUCGUGCCUGUGGUGCCAGCCACUGUCGGGCAAGAAAAAUUUGUUGGACCUUUAGAAAGUGAAUCUGGUCAGAAAAACAGAGUACUUGGCGAAAGACAAUUCAACAGGCGAAGUAAAAAGAAACUUCCCAAUGCAGAAUAUUGCAGUACAUAUGAUUCUGAUUGUGCAGAUGUAUAUAGAGAACCUACAUUAGGUGAUGAGCAGACACCUGUUUCUCCUCCUGUAUCUUCCACUGUGAGCAAUGAUCGUCCAACAUCUGUGCCUCUAGUGCCUUUACCUGUGCCGCCUCCGGCUUUCGGUGUCGCAGGUGGUACCCUUCCUCUUCAUGGCUAUCCACCUGGGCUUCAUGCACUUCCAAACACACAGAUGUAUGGACCUCAAGCGCCGUCGGCUGCCAUGUAUUAUGUUCCCGUAUUCAACCACUAUGGCAGUUACCUACCCUCCCCUCCCUCUGCCCCCAUGGUGCUUCCGGUCAGUCUUCGGCCUGAAAACGAGACCACAUCGGAAAUCAGAGCCGAGUGCAGCGAGGAAGUGAUAAAGACUGCUAACCCCCCUCCCGCAACUGCCUCCACCACCGCAAAGUCGACGGAAAAUUCUAGUAACGUCCAGUCAAAUUGUGAGGAUGUUGUAGCUCAUGAACAGAUUAUUGAAAAUGCCAACAGUAAGCAGGUUUCUGUUAGUCCAAUUGCCAAAAACACAGUAUCAGAGGCUGAAGAAGUGACAGACUGCAAUUCGUCCUCUGAUUACCCCCUUAGUAAAAGUGCUAGUUCUUCUCCUGACUGUAUCUCUGAAAUAGUCACGAUAGCCGAAGAUAGCUGCAAAUGUCAGCCGACUGUGGAAAACAAAGAUAUUAAUAAAGAUUCUUCACGAUGUUGGGCAGACCUGUUCAAGAAACCUUGUCCCGAGGUCAACGGCAUCGAUCGUCAGUUUCCUGCUGAUCAAGGACAUGAAAAUAUUAAUAAUUACAAUUCAGAUAUUGCUAAUGGGAAACUACACUCUGUGCCUGCUAAUAGUAAUGUUCUUUAGGUAUCAAAGAUAAUAGCAGUUUAUGUGGCUGCUACGUAUAUUUUGCCUGAAAAGCAUUUUUAUUGAGACUGUUUUGCAGACUGCCUCGUGUUUUGUCAGAGUGAUAUUGUUGUUGUGAUCAUGACUGAAGGUUGAGCUUUUGUGCAUAAAUUUAAAUUAUUAGAUAGGGCAAUGUAAUUUUUGUGCUACGUUUCACUCAUAUCUGUACCACUUUACUUGCUUCUUUUAAAAGGAAGCCUGGUUGUGUGGUGUAAAAGUAUAAAGGACUGUGCAUUAUACUAACUUUACAAUGUAAGAUUUGCUGUGUUUUAAUUUUUAUCUUGUUCUUUACAAAUUAUAAUGUACAUACACUUUUCUAAAUAGAAAUACAACUGAGAAUUUAGACAAUGUAUUUGACUCUGUAGCUAUGAAUUUUUCUAAAUUAGAUUAAAUUAUGUGUGUUCAGAAAUCAAAUCUAGAAAAAUUGUUUUUGCUUUGCAUUUUAGUUGAAAACCUGCUGUUGAAUAGCAAUAAAAAGAAAACAAAAAGAAAAAUUAAUGUACAUUUCUACUGUUGAAUAUGUUGAAAAAUCUUUGUCAGCAAUGAAAUGUGUAACUACCUUGCCUGAAAUCAAGUCUCUGCUACAAAAUAGGCAAUACAAGUUAAUGUUAAUUCUGUGGAAGUUACCGAGAUAAAUAAAUUUUUUAAUAGCAUAACAAUUUUAUCCUUUGUAUAAAAUUCAGUUUUUUUUUACUGCCUAGCAAAAUACUUGCAGAACAUUUUUAAGAAGGCUCUUUUGUUUGAACCUCAUUUUCAAAAAUUUUGGUUUUAAUGAAUGUUUUAAAGUUAUAGUUUUUUUAUUUGAAAACUUUAUCUUAAAAUCAGAAUUAAUUUUUAUUGUUUAUAGCCUUGUUAUUUCAUAUUUGCAUUGAUACUGAUUCGAAAAAAUAAAAUACAGGGAAAUAUGUUUAACAUAAAAACGCUUAACAUGAAAAAUUGUUUCCAUGAAAUGCUAUGGUACUCUGGACAUAAUACUGUUUAAUUUAAUACAAAUCUUUUUGACAUGAAGAAAUACUUUAGUUCUUCAGUUUCGUGUUGAGCCUUUUCACUGUGUACCUAAAAUGUGAUCUUUUGAUGAAGAAGUGGUGAUAAAUAGCUCAAGCUAACAUUUGCAUAAAAAAUCUUCAAAGAAAUUUCAUCAUUUAGAAAUUUUACCGUUUUGAUGUGCAUCAAUGAAAACUUUAUUUUUCAUCCAAAUUGGCAUGUGCUAAGUCAUUUAUAUUGUGCUAGAAAGAUUAUCAAAACUGAUGUGUGCUUUUUAUCAAAAACCUUUUAGUCACAUACAUUUCAAAUAAAUAUAUUAAGUAAAUUUUAUUCUGCCGGAUUUCUGGAAAUCCUGUGUGUAAUCCUGUUUUUUUUUUUUUUUUAAGUUUCAUUGUGAUGGUGGAACUCAAUUUUUAUGUAUUACAGUAACCAUCAUGAUACCGUAAUCGUAUUUUGAGUACUUCAUCAGUUGAUUUUUCUGUGUUGCAAAUCCUUGUCAAUUUUUAUGCCACUUAACUUCUUUUGCAAGUAAUGAAAAAUGCUUUGAAACAAACCUGAAAUCCAUAACUAGCUGACAUAUCGUCACCUCCAAUCGACUGUUGAAUGUCUUACUGUUAUUCCUGGGAUUAGAUGUCUUACUGUUGCUGUGAGAUGAUGAAGUAAAGAUAGAACUUUUAUUUGCAUGAACUUGAACAAGUGAAUAAUGCUGUAUCAGUUGUUUCCAAUCAUGGGGGGGGGGGGGGUAUUCAAUCCUUGGAUCUAUGGGCGGAUUUCAGUCUUUUUCUUAGUCAUACAUAAUUUGAUGGAAAAAUUAUUGUCCUCUACCUGCAUGUUUUUUAUUUUUGUUUAAUCCAUCCAAACUCAAGAAGAAAUAAUUUAGAUUUAAAUGUUAUUUACAGUUGAACCUUGUUUUACGUGGGGGUUCUUUUCCAUGAUGCGUAAAUUAAGACAUAAUACUAGUGAUACAGUCAAACCUGUCUAUCUCGAAUUUCACGGGAAGAAAAAAAAAUUUGAGAUGAAGAGGUUUUGAGAUACGGAGGUUUUUUGAGAAACUAAUUGAAAUUUAGAAUCUGAUGAUUAAAAUUUGAAUUUUGUACUAAAGACAAUACUUGCGUCAGAUAAAAAUUGUUCCUUAUUAGUUUUGUGAGGUAUUUAUGCUACUACUUUAUGCUAAGCACUUGAUUGAAUGUUUAAGGAAUCAAUCAUUUUGACAGAAUUUGAGACUUCUGAAAUUUUAAGCAUACUUUUUUCAAGCAAAAUCGUCUUUUAUUGUUUUUUGGUUCCUGAGUUUUUUGGAUUCAACUAUCCUCUUGAGGUUGGCAAUGGCUGAAAAUCCAUCUGGGCCAAUAUUUUCUUGGAAUUCGAGGAAAGUUGUUAAUGUCGUAAGAGCCUUUUCUGCGUCUUUUACAGUCACUUUAGGUGCAUCUUCCUGGAUGAUCUCUUCCGAAUCGCCUUUUAAGUUAUCCACGAUUUCCGCAUCGGUUAAAGUUCCACAUGUGGCCAGAGAAUUAUCUACAUCUAAAAAUUCUUCAAAAGGAAUAUCAACGUUCAUUCCAUUCUUGAUGGCUUUCCAUUCUUGGAAACUUACUGCAUUCUCUUCAGUUAUGGUGUCAACAGCCGCUUCCUUUUCUUCCUCUUCAACUCAUUAAGCAUCAUUUUCAAUCUUCCUCUUUGCAUCUAUUUUUGAAACCAGCUUUAAUGAAGCAAUUUUCAAUUGUAUUCUGAGUGACAUCUCUCCAUGCAUAAUCCACCAUCUUCAUAGCAUCCAGUAUGUUGAUUUUUGGAAAAGUAUAUCCUUCGUCGAUUGCAUCUAGAGGCUGUAGCUUUGAAGCAGUGUUAGCAGUGAAUAUAUGUCACUGGUGAAUCACCUAUCUAAGAGAAUGGAAUCUCCCGUUUUUUUUUCUUCAAAGGUAUGCGUAUUGAUAUUGCUAAUUUUGUGCCAACAUAUUUUAACUUUUCUUAUCUCAUAUUCCCUUGCAGAGGACUUGUCAAUCUGGUUGCAUCCGAGUUUGAGCCAAGCUAGAUUCUUUUUUUUUUCUUUCUUCUCUAAAAAUUGAUUCAAGACGUUUCGGAUGACAGUGAACUAUCAAAGCUAUGAAGUUUAGAUAGUAAAAUUUUUUCAAGUCAGAAAGUGUUUCUGUAUUACUUAAAUUCUGGAUAUUCUUUAUAUGUUGAUCAUCAUAUUAGUUACUUUAAAUGUUAAAUAUAUUAGCUUGUUUUAACCCUUUACAGUCAUAUAUUUAUAUCAUUCUUGAUUUUAUGCUCUUUGAAUUUCAUUUGAUU